UGUGAAAUACAGAAUACAGGAAACUGUAAUCGGUGCUCUUGUACACAGCCUACAAGAACAGGAUGCAGGAUACAGAAAACGGGAAACGGGAAACGGUAAUCAGUAUUCUGUAUUCAGUUUCCCCAGAGAAUGUCCAAAUGUCAGACCACAUUUGUGUCAAGUCCCACCUACAGAGUUAUUUAUUAGGACCGAUGGUCUUUGUCUAUCUCAAACUUAUUCGCUACUCAGAAACUUGACCAAUCUUUCCCUGUACCGCAACGCCUCUUCCUCAGCCUCACACUAGCACACGCUGGGACUCGAAAUCCACACUCGUGCCAAGCAUCACUCGCAAGCUGAACCAUCACUAUUAUCCGUGUAAGUUUAUCUCAAACAAGACUAUCCAAAUACCGGAGCGAUAUUUCGCUGUACUACACUGACUACACCUAGACAAGAACUCGCUGCACCCUUCAUUAUGUCUACUGCCCAACCUAACGCAUCUUCUUCGAGCCACUUCAUAGUGGAUAUGGUUGGCAUAAACAGCAUGGCAAGCCAAAUCAAUGCGGCGGACUUUGCCGCUAGGAUGAGAGAUUUCCAGGCUUCCGAUGAAGCGCGCCAGAAGCUGUUCGCAGACUUGAUCCACCAAUACGCUGAACUUCAAGAAGACCACUCAAAUUUGCAGAAUGAUUAUGCUAGCGAGAGAGAUAAUCGCCGUGCCUAUCAGAGGAAGGUCGACUCGAUGGAGAGGCAGGUCACGCAGAACCAACAAGAAAUGGACAAUAAUUCUUUCGUGCUAGCUCUUAUUGAUGGAGACGGUGUCAUCUUUCAAGAUGCUCUGCUCAAGGAGGCCGCUAACAAUGGCGGUUCAGAAGCAGCUUCAAGGCUACAGCAUGCUAUUCGCGAUCAUGUAUCCUCGUUGUAUAAAGAUUCUGGUAACUGGCCUAUCAUGGUUCAUAUAUAUCUGAGUCUCGAUAAACUCGCCCAAAAGCUCUCGUCGGUUGGCCUGCUUCGUCACCCGGCGGAGUUCCGUGUGUUUGCACAGAACUUCUCUAUCAACCAGUCUUUGUUUAGUAUUGUUGAUGUAGGCCAAGGGAAAGAACGCGCCGAUCAUAAGAUUAAAGAAAUGCUGCGCACUUUCAGCAAUAAUCCCACGUGCAAGCAUAUUGUAUUUGGAGCCUGCCAUGACGCGGGUUAUCUGCUGAAUCUCGAGGAGUAUAAGCACGACGAACGAAAAGCAGCUAGAAUUACCCUCCUCGAGUCAACGCCCGCGUAUAGAGGCUUUGCGGAGCUAUCUAAUUUCCAUCGUACCCGUUUUGAUGGUGUAUUUAGGAACCAAGCCUUGCCUGACUGGAACCCUUCCAUGCAAACUUUUGUACCUCCUGCCCCUAUGAACAACCAGCUCUAUAGGACCACGAGGCAAAAUUCAGACUCCCCGAUUCCUGUUUCAUCAAGCAACACUCCGACUACGUCCUCUCCAACCACUACUGCCUCGUCGCUUGCGACUCCAGUCAAUGGGUCGGGCGAUUCCUCUUGGGCUAAGGUCGGUAAAGGGGGGGUUUUACCUGAUCAGCCCAUAUCUAUUGCAGCAAAGACCAACACGAAGAAAAAAUAUGCCUACUACAAUGCAUCCGGCCAGCGCCUUGAUGAACAACUCCCAUCGAUAGAGCAAAAUGCCAAAGUGGCUCUUGACGCGCGCAUGAAGAGGGGCGGCAAAAAUCUAUGCAACCACUGGCAUCUAAACAACGGAAAAUGCAAUAAUGGAAGCGGUUGCUACUUCCAGCACGAGCCGAAGCUGACCCCUAGUGAACUAAAUGCUCUGCGCUACAAGACGCGCAGUCUGGCUUGCAAAGACCCAUCUUGUGAGAACGUGGACUGCUAUCUGGGUCAUCAAUGCGCAUUUGAGCGUGAUCAAGGAUUUUGCCCGUUUCCGGAUACUUGCAAUUUGCGUAGUACCCACGGAAUGGACAAGCAUAAGUACGAACGCUGGGACGAGUACGGGAACCAGGAACUCUUGACCGCUGUCAGGACCAGGUAAUUUAUGGAAGGGGGAAGCUGCUGCGGAUUGAGAUUGCGUAUCGCGCUGUUGUUGAUGCUGAUGACAUGUUAU